AUGCCUCCUCAACCGCGCCUCAUAUCAGCCUUUCCGUGUUUAAGUAUUGUAGACGAUCCCUUUCUCAGCUCGCAAGAACAACAGCCGUCGAAGUGCACACGCUUCGCAUCAUCUGAUCGUGUCUGGCGUUGGUUGCGCAGACUCUCACCAGGCCCAUCGCCAUAUGCUCCGCAGCCGUCGAGGCCGAGAUCCGCCCCAAAUACGAGCACACCGAGCUUUCACUCACUCACGGAUCGUGACGAAACUAUUGGCGCCAGUUUCGAGUAUCCGCCGCUUUCACCUUCGAGUGCUCCGCCUCGCCCGACUUUCGCGCCUUCUCCAAAUCUUCUGCUCCCAAACUUUCCGUCGCACCCAAAUUUCCUGCCGUACCCAACGUUUCCGCCGUACCCAACCUUCCCGCCGCGGCCAACCUUCCCGCCACACCCAAAUUUACCUCCUGCGCUUCCGGACGUCGCGCCCGCUCAGUCGUUCUACGCCGAGUCCACUGCUUCGCAAAGCACUGCCUCGAAAGGAUCCAAAGUCGAGGAUCCUCUCUAUCGGACAACAUACCUCGCUGGCAAUAGAAUAUAUCUUGUCCCGUCAAAUCAUACUCUCCCUUCGCCACUUGAAUCUCUGGCGCAGAAAGUACAUGCGUCACGCGACUCGCCGCAGCCGAGCCUUGAACACUACCGGAAUGAUGAGGACCUGAUGGAGUUGGAAGAGGGUGUAGGAGAGGAUAAGGUAGAAAGAUACAUGCAUGACAAGGUUUUCGACGUCGGCUAUACGCCUACUGUCAAACGAAGCGACAAGAAAAGGAUGUUCCAAAGACACGUUCCUAAUGACAACCAAACACCUCUUCAAGUCUCUAUACCCACGCCUGAUAGUGCCUUCGGAUACAACCGCUCGAAAGCGUUCCCUGACAACAUCCAGCUGAUCAAUAUGGGCAACGACAUGGUAGCGAAUGGAGAUGACCUUCUCUAUCCUUUUCUCGCGGUCGAGUUCAAGUCGGAUGGACCUUACAAGAGUUCAAACCUUUAG